AUGACGGAACAGUUCACGAACGAGAUGGACGCGGAUGCAAGCAUCUCGUGCUCGUUCUCCAGCAGCGAAGAGAUUCAGAAGCAUUCAAUGAACGUGGAAAAGACAACUAAAAAGACCAAGCUCGUGGCGUUUUUGGUUGUUUUGGUGGGGGCAAUCGCUAGUGGCAGCUUCCUUUACAUUGGCAUUACCAACUCCAAGCAUGACGUCGAAGACAACUUUGAACGACGGGCCAGUGACAUGGCAAAGGAGAUAGAUGGGGCAUGGGCCGACUACGAUUCUUCGGCCUUGUGGAUCCACGAGUCCUGUCGCAAUUGGAGGACCAGCAACUUUACUCGUGAAGACUUUGAAGUUCUCUACAACUAUCUCAUUUCGGGUGGUUUGGAGUUUUUUGCCGCAGAGUGGGUGCCAAAUAUCACCCAUGCAGAGCGUCCUGCGAUCGAAGCGGAAGGCAAAGUGGGCUGGGCAGGAGUCGAGGGCAUAAACUUCACUGGACUUGUUGGUCAAGAACCCGACCCUGAUCAUCCUGGGGAGCUCAUGAUGGCUCCCCGCUCCAAGCAGGACUGGUACUUCCCAGUUGUUUGGGGUGAACCCAAGAGUAACAUUGGUGCUGCCGCUGGAUACGACCUCUUCUCGCCUCCCUGGGAACGUCCUUCGAUCUUGAAGGCUGUGGACACUUGGAGCCCUGCCUUAACCGGAAGAUUCCGGCUUGUCCAGCAAACUGCUGAAGCAGGGUACAGCGUCGUUUUGUAUCAUCCUGGCACCCCUCUCCCUGACAAGUUUGAGGCCAGAUCACGAGAUAUGUCAACGAUGGUGAUCAACAUCAAGUCUCUCUUGAUGCGAGCAGCGCGCUACCAGCGUGUGAGCCAGGCUGCAUACCUCUUCGACAUAACUUUGUCUUCCGUCGAUGAAGAGGCUUUGCCGGAGUUCCUGUCAGGUAUUGAGAUCCGGGUCUCGGACGAGAAAGGGGAUGAGAAGGAAGUCAGUGUUUACCAAGAAACCGAUUAUGCCUCACUGCAGAAUUCAGAACUGUACUUUGAAAGGGACUUGCGCAUAGGUGGAAGAGUUUGGAAGAUUGUUAUAUUGCCAGUUGGAGCGGCUUAUGACGCAGACUACGUUGUAGUUGUGGUCUGUGGUGUCCUCAUCUUUUUGGCAUCUGUGCUGCUCGCAAUUUGGAUGCUCCACAACAUGCAGAGAUCCAUUGAAAUGAAUAGAAUCAUCACCCAGGCAGCUGCAGAAGCUUCAAUUGUUACCAAUCUCUUCCCACCAAAUGUGCGCAAACGCAUGAUUGAAGAUGCUGAAACCAAGCAAAAGGCUCUAAGGGCUACCAAGUCAAAAGACGGUGUCCGCAACCGGAAUACACUACCUAGUUCCACGAUCUUCAGGAACACCCUAACCAGUGAAGGCGUCUUUGGCAGCAAGCCCAUUGCUGAGCUGCAUCCUUACACCACAGUCAUGGUGGCCGACCUUGUGGGCUUCACAGCAUGGGCGUCAGUUCGUGAGCCAUCACAAGUUUUCACCUUGUUGGAACUCAUCUUUCACCACUGGGAUCUAAUUGCAGCCCGCCGAAGGGUAUACAAGGUUGAAACUGUGGGGGAUUCUUAUGUUGCUGUUGCAGGGCUCCCAUCCCCUCGCUCAGACCAUGCCAGUGCAAUGUCACGUUUUGCUGCAGACUGUAGGGCACAGAUGCACAAGACCUGCAAAGCCCUGGAAAAGACUUUGGGCCCUGAAACUGGAGAUAUUGGUGCACGCUUUGGGCUUCACUCUGGGCAGUGUGUAGCAGGCGUGUUGCGCGGUGAGAGAGGCAGGUUUCAGAUAUUUGGGGAUACCAUAAACAUGGCUGCUCGGAUGGAAUCGACUGGGGUUCGGGAUGAGAUUCAACUUAGUGCUGAAACAGCUGAACUAUUAACCUCAGAAGGACAUGAGAAAUGGCUUGUACCAAGAAAAGACCAGGUGAUGGUUAAGGGAAUUGGUCAUAUGCAGACUUUCUUCCUCAACUUGAAGAAUGACAGAACAUUUUCAGGGGAGACAGAAAGAACCAAGGAUGAUAUCGCCAUGUUCUCAAGUUCUGAGUUGAAUGUUGAGUGCAGUAAGAUUCAAAGGCUUGUUGAUUGGAACUCUGAAGUUCUGGGAAACUUGCUUCGUAGCAUCUUGGCUAGACGGGAAGGGAUGCAAAAGGAUCAAAACCAUUCCAAUCUCUCUCCAAUCCCUCUUACCACCAAAUCAGAGAUGGUUUUGGAUGAGGUGAAAGACAUCAUCACGUUGCCCGCCUUUGAUGCAAAUGCAAUGAAGAAGCAGGUUGACCCUGAUUCUAUCCAGUUGGACGGAGAGGUUUGGACGCAACUUUCCUCUCUCAUUGCCAAGAUUGCGUCCAUGUACAGGUCAAACCCCUUUCAUAGUUUUGAACACGCCUCACAUGUUACUAUGAGCGUUCUGAAGAUGCUUGGGCGUAUUGUAGCGCCAAAAGAGAUCACUGUCAAGAACAAAUCUGGCAACAUCGACCACAACACCAUCGAGGCGGAGUUGCACGAUCAUACAUUUGGCGUAACAUCCGACCCGCUCACGCAUUUUGCGUGUGCAUUCUCAGCCCUCAUCCAUGACCUCGACCACCAGGGAAUUCCCAACACUGUAUUGGUUCAGGAGUCCGCCCCACUUGCGUUGAAGUACAAGAACAAGAGUGUCGCCGAACAACACAGCGUAAGCAUGGCAUUUGCGCUGCUGAUGAGCCCUGAGUACACCAAGCUCCGGGAGACUAUUUGUUGUGACGAGGAAGAGUUCGCACGAUUUCGUUCUCUAGUGGUAAAUUCCGUGAUGGCCACAGACAUUAUGGACAAGGAACUUGGAUGUGCCCGGAAAGCUAGGUGGAACAAGGCCUUCAGCAUUGAGCAAGAACAAGAUCGCGAUGAAGACCAGCAAGUGGCCAUUAACCGAAAAGCAACGAUUGUGAUCGAGCACUUGAUUCAGGCUUCUGAUAUUUCUCACACAAUGCAGCAUUGGCACGUUUAUGCCAAGUGGAACGAGAGACUCUUCCAGGAGAUGUACAAAGCUUACAAAGCUGGUAGACUACCGAAGGAUCCAUCCGAAGGAUGGUAUAAGGGAGAGCUGGGAUUCUUUGACUUCUACAUCAUUCCACUUGCCAAGAAGCUAUUUACUUGUGGUGUGUUUGGGGUAUCCAGUGAUGAGUUUUUAAACUAUGCUCUGACCAAUCGAAAGGAAUGGGAACAGAAAGGUCAAGACAUGGUGCAACGAUACUUGAAGAACUACGCAGAAGAGUUUGGUGACGACCAAGAAAGCGCUUGCGUCGUGGUUGGGGAUCGUUAACUGAAAAAUUAGGACUUUAUCGUUCAAUCGUGUACACAUGAGGUGAUGGGUACUACUAAUACCUCCAUGAGGCAACAGCCGCUAUUAAUCCAUUUUUGUUGACUCUGUCGGAACGGGCUCCAUGAUCUUUGGGGACAACAAACCCCUACCAGUGGGGAGUUUUCCGCUUCCAGGGGCAAACCGAACCCGUGAUUUCCGAAAUGUUUCCAGUGUCCUGACCAUUCUGUUUCCAAUGUGGCAGAAGGAACUAGUGAUGAAAUGAUAAUGUACGCAGGCCCAUGAAUUGUGGCUUUUCAGAGGUUUGUAAUACUCCAAUGCAAGCGCAUGAAGCUCUGGAAGGCGCCUACCAGGAAUGUUCAUAAAGUCUAGCUGCGACAGGAAUUGAGGGGUAUUGAGUUGGAAAUAUCCGUCUCCUGUAAUAUGCAUGCAGAACAAUAGUACACUCACCAUGGUGUUCAACGCGGCAGCGCACAUUAUAAGUUACGUAGUUGAGAGGCCCACAGUAGCUGUUUGUUUCUUGUCCAUCUUCGAAAACCCAGUGUUCAUGAAAAAAAUGUGCCGCCACUGGAUGCAAGCUAUGCCCAAAGAUUGUUGAUAGUACUAAAGGAAACUGCCUUCUUGGAACCCCAAAACGCCCCCUCUUCUGCAGCCUUUGCAUGAGUCCAGGCUAGAAACAUUGGAAACACUGCCACAUCAAGAGUCACCCAGGCGGUCCGCGUGUCAUGGCCAUCCAUGUCCUUGAUUUGGGCUUCUUCAGAAUCUCAUGUCGGCCGAUGCGAUGCGGCUC